AUGUGCAGGUGGCGAAGAGGUGGAACUUACGGAGGGGGAAUCAAGGUUUUCAAGUCGUUGAGUCAUAGGAGUGACUCAAGGGGAAGGAAGAAGGUUUCGGUCGUGAAGGAGUACGGGAAGGAAAAUACGCACGGUAGCAUCAUCAACCCUGCAUCGAGGGCUGCUGUUGUAGACUUCAAGCCUACCGUUGGAGUCGUCUCUCGCCAUGGAGUUUACCCUGACCCACGGGAUGAACAUGACGUGGUUCGGCCGCAGGACUACACCGAAGCCUGUGCUUCAAACGACCUGCGCGGAUUGCGAAUCGGCGUCCCCCGGCACGUUCUCAGUUCAGAUGCAGUCAAGGCGCGCCACCUUGACGAAGCGUUAUCGGUGCUGUCUAGGCUUGGUGCUACAAUCGUCGACAAUGUUGGAUUCUCAGAGUUUCGUAAAGGGUACUACGGAAACAACAAGGAUGAAUGGGAGUGUUCUUUUCUUGUCGAGCUGCGCCAGAAUAUGAAGGAUUAUCUCGCUGGCUUCGAGAAAAAUCCCUUGGGACUUCAUUCACCAAAAGACAUCAUGAACCAUACCACCGCAACGCCCAGCGAGGCAGAGGCAGAAUACGGCAUGGAGGCGUGGAGGAGGGCAGAGAGGUUCAGCCAAGAAACCCCUCCGGGCUCGUCCAAGUACCAUUCUUCGCAGAAGCGACGCCAACGCAUGGCAAAGCAGAUUCCAGAGCUAUUGGACAGAACGGAGUGUGAUUUAAUUGUUCUAACUGGGGCUACCGACACAACAGCUGAAGUGGGCGGAUGCCCAUGUUUAUCGGUGCCCCUCGGCCGUUUCCCGGAUGAUCAAAAGCUGGAGAAGAACAAAUUUGGACAUUGUAUCAACAGGUCCCAAUAUUACGUAAGCACGCUCGAGUCUAUAUUUCGAAGCAUCAAUAUUGACUGA